AUGAAAGUUGAUCUAAAAAACUAAAAUUUUGGAAAUAUAAGAGUUGAAAAUACUAAUUUAUACGGGGGUAAUUUUGCUAAAUGCAAUUUAUCUAAUACUUAAUUUAAAAAUGUGAAUAUCAAUGGAAUUAAUUUAAAUGGAGCUAAAUUAUUUGGAUUUAUUUGGUAACAAUUAAGAAUAAACGAUUUAUAUUAAUUGGAUGGUCAUACUAGGGGUGUCUUGUCAGUCUGUUUCUCUCCUGAUGGAAAUACAUUAGCUUCUGGUAGUGUAGAUAAGUCUAUCGGUCUAUGGGAUGUCAAAACAGGAUAAUAAAAAGCCAAAUUAGAUGGUCAUACUCAUUAUGUCUACUCAGUCUGUUUCUCUCUUGAUGGAAAUUUUUUAGCUUCUGAAUAAGAAAUUCAUUCAUCAAAUAUUUUUAUAGAGAAAUUUUUGAAAAUGCAAAAUAUCCCAUUUCUCAUGCAAUCCUCUUUCAGGUUUUUAUUCUUAGAUUAAAUUAGUUACCUAUUCAUGGCAUAUCCGAAGCAAAAUAUUUUAAGUUUAAGGAGCUCUUGUCCAUAAGGGACAGUUUAUUAAUUAUUAAUACUUAAUACAAUUAUUAAUAUCAAAAGGAAGCAUUUUGAAAAAGUUUAUCUAAAAUACAACAGAUGA